UGUUCUAACGCUUCGUUCAAUGUCACGUGGUAUCAGUGUUCUCUGUGAAGACGAAAUCGACCUUUUAGGUUAUCUGUAUGCAGUUUAUCUUUAUUAGACCAUUUAACUGUACUUUAUUUUAUUAAUUAUUUGCUUACUCCAAUGACUACAACUGUUGUGAGACUUAGUGACAGCUGGUGUUCGCUGAAGGUGUUCCAGUUCUAGUGUUCUUGGUAUUAACACAGACGGUUAAACCAUCCCAAGUCAUGGAGACAUCAUAUCUGCUAGUGUCCUCUUAUGUUCUCUUGAUGUUCUGUCUUGGACUCAGCCAUGAGAGUACGAGACAGCGUAGGCAAGACAAUGGUGGCGACUGUCAAACGCCUAGCGGGUCGCGUGGCAUUUGCAUCAAUAUUAGGAACUGUACCGAAUUAUGGGAUCUGCUGGUGAAAAGUGGACCGACAUCACACAUAAGGUCUUCUCAGUGUGGAUACGAGGACAUGGAUCCCAAAGUGUGCUGCCCCUCUGACACUUCCGGCACUUCCAGCAGAAGCGUUGUACUUCCAGGACGCGAUAUCUGUGGUUUGUCCCGCGCCAACGGUCGAAGAGUGGUCAAUGGAUACCCAGCUGAACUGGGUACGUGGCCUUGGAUGGCGGCUCUGGGGUACAGGUCAUAUAGAAAGACUUUCGUAUUGGACUGUGGAGGCUCUCUGGUAUCUGACAGAUAUGUUGUUACAGCAGCUCACUGUGUUGCCAAAAUUAUCAACAAUCCCUUGUACGUGGUAAGGCUAGGUGAUCUGGACUUGGACGACACGGUGGCAGACGGAGCAUCUCCCAUCGAUGUGCCAAUAGAGCGAGCCAUUGCAUACGAUAACUAUAAUACUACUACCCAUUCAGGAGACAUUGGCCUGGUGAAACUCAAACACCGUGUUCAAUAUUCGACUCUCAUUCGUCCCAUCUGUCUGCCAGAAUCUGACACCUUUGGUUCUUCUAGCCUGGUCGGAGAAUCCUGCGAUAUUGCGGGGUGGGGAAGAACUGCUCAUAUCACAGAGAACCCACGUGCUGUUGUUGUUACUCAUCUUCAAGAAGCCCGCGUAGAUAUCACAGACAAAAACAACUGUUCAAACGCUUACAGACAUUUCCAUACAACCGUAAUAGACGACGGGGUCAUCUGUGCCAUCUCUGCCAUAGGUCAAGAUGCUUGUCAAGGGGAUUCAGGAGGUCCUCUGAUGUUAACCUCGUUGGUAGGUGGUAGCUUCAACUUCUACCUCCUAGGAGUGGUGUCACAUGGAUACAAGUGUGCAGAGCCUGGGUAUCCUGGCAUUUAUUCUAAAGUUGUGUUUUACAUGGACUGGAUCAAGAAGAAUAUGACUUGAUCCAAAUGGACAUUAAUAAAUCCAUGAUGUAACCAUAUUUUGUUCACACGGUGCGGAGAUACCUACAACAGUGGACAGAAAAAUACAACUGUGGUGAACUUCAAAACCGACGACUCCAAAGAACUAGGAUUUUUGCUGUGUUGUUUAGUUAUGUUUUGUUAAAAAGGUCGUUUUAUACCAAGCCCA